AUGGCCGUGGUUUUAUCUUCGACGACAACAAUUAUUAUUAUUUCUACAGGAUCCUACACAUUUAGUUACAAAGUGGAGAAAUCGUUUAUUAUUUUCAACAACACAACUCAUGUGGGUCAACAAUUAAUUUCCAUACAGCAUUUGCAAGAUAUUAUUGAUAGUGACGCAUAUUCUAAACUUGAUCAUGGUCUUGUUCGGACAGAUAUUAAUCCUAAAGACAGACAAAAUUAUCGUUCUUGUGAAAAACUGACAUCAAAUGAUUUGUUAAAUAUUGUACGUAGUAAUCCUAAGACAUCAGAAACAUUUGUUUAUCUUCAUCUAUUAAAAUUGUUAAUAGCUGCUUAUAUUGAAAAAUCAACAACAGUUGCAGAACGUUUGCAUUCAGCAUGGGUUGUUGUAUUUGUUUGUCGAUUAUGGUGGUCAUGGCUUAAAAAUAAAACAUUUGCUAAUAAAUCAUCACUAUCAUCAGCAAUAAAAACUAAGAAAAAGAAAACCAGUAUAGACAAAUAUUUUAUGACUAAAACAGCAUACUUAUCCGUUGAAAUUAAUGCACACAAUUUACUUUACUUAAUAUUAUUAGUUAAACAAAAAAACCUGCCGAAAGAAGUAUUAAGUAUAUACUUAUUUAAUUCUCAAUCCUGUGAAUCUAUAUUUCGUAAUACGAGAUCAUUUAGUGGUGCUUACUCUACAAUUAUCAAUUUCACAGUUAGUGAUUUUCUUCGACGAGCAGAAAAAUUAUCCAUAUUAAAUCAAAUUAAGCGCAGUCAACAAUCAAACAAUAAUGAUCAUCUUUUAUUUCCAGUACAUCACAAACAUAAAAAAGAUAAUCAUUUAUUAAAACUACAAAUUACUGAUGAUGUUGAACAAUUAGAUAUUGAACAAACUAUAUUAGACUCAUAUAAUACAUCAAUUAGAUUGAUUGAAGAUUUGCAUAUGUCAACAGUUUUAAAACAACAUGGUAUAUUUCAAUUACAACAAUUAAGUAAAUAUGUAUUUCAUGAAUUAAGUUCCGCAUCGAAAAUGUUUGAUAAUUGUACAACAAAUAAUACCAGUGAUGAUUCUGAUUCAGAUUCAGAACGUGAACCUGAAUUAGAUGAUGCUGAUAAUAAUAACAACGACAGUGACGAAGAUAGUGAAUGUCAAUCCGAUGAUAAUGGAAGUAUCAGUACAGCAAAAACAAACUUUUCUGGUAUACAUAUUAAAGACAAGAUUACCACUGAAUUAAAAAAUUCGUAUUUUAAAAUAAUAAUUAAUAACACUGAUAAAUAUUUACAUCCCUCACAGUCAGCAAUCUGGCUGUUAACAGACAAAAAUAAUCUUUGA